CAGUUUACUCGGGAGCGCGGCGGAGUUCGUUUAGUGGCGGGCCACCGGUGCGGAUACUUGACUUGGUCCAGAGCUGCCAACUGAAUGUGUGAGGUGCCAGUGACGACGAGGACGACUGCGAGUGCGAGUAUCGGCAAUCGGGCUGUGUUAUUUAUCAUGCAAGCGGCAGUCCUACCGCAGAUCAAAAGUUUCGAAACACCCAAAAGUGUCAAGCAAAGACGGCUCAAACAGAAAUUAAAAAAAUUAAAAAUAUAUAAAUAAAACUCAGUCAAAGUUCAUGUGUGCGCGUGCAUGUGUAAUUAAUUUUUGGCAUUUAAAUUGGCCGACAUUGGGGCUUUAAAUCAAUUUGACAAAUUUGCAUUUUUCUGCCAAAUGCCCAUAAACAAUUCAUCAAAAAGCGAGCACGCAAACGAAAACAAACAACAGAUAUUGUUUACAAUUGCCUAAAAGGGCAAGAGACAACCAAAUAAAAUAGUUUGCAAAUUCAUUCCAUGACAAGUGUCUAAAACAAUAAGCACAAAACGUUUUAAAACUCCACCCUCCCUGUCUAUCUCAAAAUACAAACAAUACACGGCAACAGCAGCAACACCACUUGCAGAAGCAGCAACAACACGGCGGCAAUAUCAACAUCGUCAGCUGCAGCAGGUUCAGUCAGUCGGUCAUCAACGAAAACAACAAUGCAGGCUACAACUAUGUUCUAUGGCUAAUACAAAAGCUACAAACAUCAAAUCGCCAACAACAACUAAGCAAAAAGUUCGCCAAAGCAUUUGAUGCUAAAAAAACAACAAGAAAACCUACCAGCAGCAGCCACAUCAACAUCGGCAACACUUUUACGAGUUGCAAACUACCUUGUACAACGAAUUUGUAUUAUUGCACAAGACCUGAGGCGGCACAACACCAGGAUAGCAAUCGGGCUACUCAUCCGGAAUCAUUCUAGUCCGAGUAUGCGAUGGCAGCGGGAAGAGCAGCCGCCACGCUGGAGGCUCCGGGUCCGCCCAGCGGUCAGGACAUAGCCAGCGACAACAGCGCCCAGCGCCGCACGCUGGCGACAAAGGUGCGUCGAAAAGGGCCACGCCCCCAGCGGCGCCUGCACCCGCCCCUGCGCCCCCGCCUACCGCUCCAUUUGCACCUGCUACUGUGGCUGCUGUGCUGCUGUUCCCAGCUGGGCCAGCUGAGGGCCGAGUGCCCAGCGGUGUGCGAGUGCAAAUGGAAGAGCGGUAAGGAGUCCGUCUUGUGCCUUAACGCCAACCUAACCCACAUCCCGCAGCCGCUGGACGCGGGAACCCAACUGCUGGACCUUAGCGGAAAUGAGAUCCAAGUAAUACCCGACGAUAGCUUCGCGGCGGCCCAGUUGCUCAACCUGCAGAAGGUGUACCUGGCCAGGUGCCACCUCCGACUGAUCGAGCGCCAUGCCUUCCGUAAGCUGAUCAACCUGGUGGAGCUGGAUCUAAGCCAGAACCUGCUCUCGGCCAUACCCUCGUUGGCCCUCUACCACGUCUCAGAGCUAAGGGAGCUCCGACUGAGUGGCAACCCAAUACUGAGGGUGCCGGACGAUGCAUUUGGUCAUGUCCCACAACUGGUGAAGCUGGAGCUGAGCGACUGCCGCCUGUCGCACAUUGCUGUGCGAGCAUUUGCCGGGCUCGAGAGCAGUCUGGAGUGGCUGAAACUGGACGGCAAUCGGUUGAGCGAGGUUAGGAGUGGCACCAUCACCUCGCUGGCUUCACUGCAUGGCCUGGAGUUGGCCCGCAAUGCCUGGAAUUGCAGCUGCUCCUUGCGUCCUUUGAGGGCCUGGAUGCUGCAACAGAAUAUACCGAGUGGCAUACCGCCAACAUGUGAGUCUCCUCCAAGGUUGUCCGGGAGGGCUUGGGAUAAGCUCGAUGUAGACGACUUUGCUUGUGUUCCACAAAUUGUUGCCACGGACACCACAGCCCACGGAGUGGAGGGCAGAAACAUAACCAUGAGCUGUUACGUGGAAGGAGUACCCCAACCGGCUGUCAAGUGGCUGCUUAAAAACCGACUGAUAGCCAAUCUUAGUGCUGGCGGCGAUGGUGACUCCGAUUCGGAGCCCAGAACAGCGGCAGCUACUCAGGGGAGGAAGACCUAUGUGGUAAACAUGCUGAGGAAUGCCUCAAACCUGACCAUUCUCACGGCUGACAUGCAGGAUGCCGGGAUAUAUACGUGUGCGGCGGAAAAUAAGGCUGGAAAAGUGGAGGCCAGUGUGACUCUGGCUGUAUCCCGAAGACCCCCGGAAGCUCCCUGGGGCCUAAGAAUUAUCCUGCUGGGGGCUGUAGCCGCCCUGCUCCUCGUGGGUGGAUCCUCCUUUGCGGCCAUUUGCUUGUGUUCCUUGCAAAGACGAAGAAAGCUGCGGCUUUGGAACUCUGUACCUCCGGUGAGGCGAAGUGAGAGCUACGAGAAGAUCGAGAUGACGGCCAGGACGAGACCGGAUCUGGGGGGAGGGGCUAGUUGCGGAGGCGGCAGUGCCACUGGGGCCGGACUCUUUCAUGAGACCGAGGAGCAGGGCUAUCUGCGGGCAACUCAUACGCCACUAAAUGGCAACGAUGCCGGGCAGGCGGCUGCCAUCGUAAACCCGAGUGCAGGAAGUGUACAGCGGAGAAAUGGGGACUACCUGCACGUGUCCACCCACUGCGAUGACGAGGAGGAGGAGCAACAGCAACAGCCCGCGAGCCAGCACCACCCCCAUCCCAAUCAGCAGCAGCAGCAUCAGCAGAGGAAGGGCUCCCAGGGCCAUGUUGUCUCCGCAUCCGGGGCGAAUAAUUCAGCACCGCUGGAGGAAACGGAUCUGCACAUACCGCGCCUCAUCGACAUCGGCGGCACCGAUUCCGCAUCGAGUUCGAUCUCCAGCCAAGUAGACGCUGCUGCCCGCUUAGCGGGCUAUGCCGGACACACCUGGAAGACCACACCCAUUGCCACCACCAAGAUCAAUUCCCCGCACAGCAAACCGGUGACCUCGGCGGCACCGUCGUCCCUGAAUACACAGGCCACGCCAUACACCCACUAUGGAAACCACCCGGCAGACGAAAUCGCCACCUCGGUGUUCUGUAGCGAAGGGCAGGAAAGUGACCUGUUCGAUAGCAACUAUCCGGAUCUGCUGGAUAUAGCCAAGUAUGCGGUGGCCCAGGCGCAGCAGGAAAGUCGGGGUCAGGGGUAUGCCCAAACCACGCCCACUCCGAAUGGGGGCUUGUGCACUCUCCCCCGGAAACUAAAGACCAGUGGAAAGUACUUCCGCAACUCCUCGGAUAGUCAAUCACCCCUGCUGGCGGAUAACUCCAGUAAAUAUGGUAGUAGCACUCUGGGCGAUGGAAGCUUUCUCAACGAAGCGAUGGGUCUGGGCAGAAGGUAUUCUGCGGAAUCGAGUUAUGCCAACUAUUCGAGUACGGCCACCUACACGGGCGGCGGCCAGCGGGCCAAUAGUUUCCUUAACCUGGUGCAAAGUGGCGCCCACAAGGGCAAUCUGCCAGGUCCGCUGCCGGGUCACCUGGGGCAGAAGCCCAGUCUGCCCUCGAGUCCGGUGCAGCAUCAGCGAUCUCUGUCGAGUGCGGCCACGCCCCUUUUGGACUUCUCAGCCCUAGCGUCAAGGGCCGCCGGAGCGGCUAACUCAUCAGUGGCCGCCUAUGAUUAUCAUGCCGCGCAGCUGGAGAGAUUUCUGGAAGAAUACCGUAACCUGCAGGAUCAGCUGUGCAAAAUGAAGGAGACCUGCGAUACAAUCCGAAAAAAAGAGACUCCUUUGCGAGUGGCCAUUGGUCAGUCGGCUGCGCAGUUAGCGGACCCCGUGAUGUACAAUGCAGCCUCGCACAGUCCAAAACCGCCGGCGACCAGCAAUCUGAAGACAAAGACCCUACUCCCAGGACAACCACCCGAUCCACCGCCCUACUGGUUACACCGAAACGCCAUGCUGAAGCGGUUGAAUGGAGACGGCAGUGGUGGUGCUAAUGGCUCAGGUGGAUCUCCGGCCUCUCCACAGCCCGGUCAGGAUAUUUUCAAGAGCUAAUCGCAAUCGUGUACAGCCGAUGGAUUAAGUGAUAGGACAGGAGAAGACUUCGAAACACUUUGGUCCGCCAAAGAGGGCAUGAGCUUGCAGGAAUCUCAGAGUCUCUUGUCAAUACUUAGAAGCUUAUAAUUUAAUGCAUAUAUUUUAUAUACUUUUACAUUCUUAAUGCUAGUUAAAAUCUUAUAAAUUGUUUAAAUUACAGCUCAACAAAAGAAAACAGAGACAAAAGAAAUUCAUUUUUAUUAUUUUUACUCUUAUUAAAAGUAAAACAUUAAUGUUUACACAUGAGUUGUCGGUAUUAAUGUUACCUUCAUCUUAUAAUUGGUUUUGUAAAUUAUCACUUUUUCAACAACGAAAUACUCAUUUUCCCUGCAAGCUCCUCCCUGUCGACUUUAAUGCAUUUGUCUGCAUAGUUAGCUAGAUAGCUAGAGGACAUUGAACUGGUUCGAUACCAAGCCCCUCUGUUGUAUUAUAGAAACACUUUUCCACUCUUUAUACUCGCUAAUAUGCAAUAUUAAAUACGAUUCGGAGAAGCCGGAGGUCGGACAACAUAAGAUACUGUAAGUGUAUAGACAGCAAUCCCUUAGAAAAAAAUACGUUCACGAAAACACCUAUUGAAUCCUUAAUCCUAGAACCCCAAAAUAAAACUCUCGUGUUAGUCUAACUACAAGUGUUUUUGUACUUUAAGCGAUCUCAAUAUAAACAAGGAUAAUAUAGAUGACCCAAAUUAUCAUAAGUAUGAGUUGGCACAGACUGCAGAUCGAUAGAUUGACAUAUUGUUUGAUUGUUAGAUGUUUGUUUUUCAGUUCCGCAGUUCAGGUCACAAAUUGUUCGCCAAUUAGAUCCAAACUCUAAAUUGUAAUUUAAAACGAUGAAAACAAAAACCGAAAACGUAUUUUAGGGUGUCACUAAAAUAAAACUCGAAAGCAUUUCACCCAAACAACAAGAGAACGCAAAAAUAAAAUUAGUUGAGAAUUGAAAAAGAAAAUAAACAAAAAAGCAGAACGAGUUUCACUGGAUCGAAUGGGUAAUCAAGGGGCGUGCAAAUGUCCACAUCCGGGGUAAAAUUUUCUGAAUUGCCGCUUGUCGUGCCACAUUCACUUUUCGCGGGGGCGUUGGUCAAGAUUAAACAAUAAUUUCGGACCACAAAAUUGAGGGGAGGAACUUCUUCACACAGCAGAACUACGCCAAUUGGUUCGGCUCCCAUUUUCUUUUAUUUUUCGCCUCGCAUUCCGGUUGCCAAAUGAAGUUGUAAAAUGCAAAUGAAGCCGUCGCCGUAGUCACAUGCGCGUUAAAGUUCAUGUUCGAUGUGAUGUCGCCAUAAAGCAGGAUUAAAACGAAUUUAUGAACCUUUGGCACGACGACAACGCCGACAUGAUAGCCUCUUUAUACCUCUCCCCACACCACAUCCUUCGCAUUUAAGCGCGCUCGCACACACACAAUGUCGCACAGGGGAGAGCUUGACUUUGUCUUUUAGCCUCAGGCAGUUUAAUAAAAGCAGUUGCCUACUUUUCCAGGAUACAAAGUGUAAAAUGAAAAUCGCCCUGGCAGUCCCGAAUCGGGGACAAUCCUCCUGUGGCCUCGUCAUCAAUAGCUCAUUUGGCCUUUCGCUCAUGAGCCCAUAAAUAUUUUAAGCCCGACUUAAGCAUGCAUAGGCUGUAAAUAUUUUAAGGUCGCAGCUGAGUCAAAGAUUACCUAGAAAUUAAAUCCAUGUUGUCAAAUAUAUAUAUAUUUUUUUUUACUAUAUGAUAGCAUAUAUUUAAUUUAUAUUUAAUUUUUAUAAACAAGCAUUACAACAUUUUUUAAGUCACACAACUUGCCUACGGAAAAUAAAAAUGAAAUAAAAUUAUUAAGCCUAAUAAUAUUAUUUUACGUCCAGUUCAGCCGAACUUUUUAUCAGUUAAUUUUCUUCCGUGAUAUUAACUCCGUUUCUUUUGCUUUGAUUUAUACGUAAAUAACAUGUAAUUAAGCUAUGACUGGCUGAUAAAACUCACUAGGCUUAUGAAUUUCAAGCACGCAGACGUGUCAGAAGGCAAAAGUAACCGAAAAUGGUUGGCCAUUUAAAGGGACUCCAUCUGCCGGCUGUAAGUUAACUGGUAGGAGUUACUUACCGUGGACCGAGCCCAGAUGCACACCAAGCCCUUGCGGUUUGUCGGCUUUAAAGAGCAAAGCCAUUUACAUUCCACCCACCUGACCACCUGCUGUCCAGCUAAAGCGAAAAUAAUGAGCCCGAUGCUGGAUCUCGGCGUGAAGCAGAGUAAAGAGCAACAACGUCGAGAGCAGUCGAGUUCAUGUCAAGCUGUCAGUCAAGGUCGAUUUCGUUUCGUAGCCCCUCCUUCCACGUCCACUUCCUCAUCCCAUUAUCCGGGCUUGCUCCUGUCAGAGGCACACAGGUCCAGAAGGUGGGUAGUAGUGGGAGGCAGUGGGAGGACGGUCGGCAAGUGCCCUUUUGUCACUGUCUUGCGGCUGCCAGUGCAAAUAUAUGGCUAGCGCAGGGUAUUUGGGAUAUAUGCGUGACCUUGUGGUUUUGGAAGUGCCGAGCUGCGAUGGAUACUUUUAAUAUUUACACACUGUAAAUAAAAACCUAUAUUACAGUAUGUUAACCCCAUAUAAGCAUUAUAUUACAAAAACAUUUCAAUCUUAUUAAAAAUGGCAAUAUACUAAUUAUUUAACCAGAAA